UCAGCGGCUGGGCGCAGCCUGUGCCGGGCCUUAGGAGGCGGCCAUUUCGGAGUCGAGUCGUCUCGGGAAGCCGAGCCCGGAAGGGCCCAGGAGCCGGAACCUCCGGCGUUGGACGAGGAACUGGACUGCCUGCCCGGGCGGCGCCGUCGAGGAUGUUUUCCUUUUCCACCACGGUGCAGCCGCAGGUUACGGUUCCUCUGAGUCACCUCAUCAAUGGCUUCCACGCACCCAAAAUCCCAACACCGUCUUUUGCCACGGCAUCUACCCAGUGUGUACAAAGGGAAGCUGUACCUGAGCAUGAUGUGCAAAGCAGCGAGCCAGUACUCAAUCUGCGAGACUUGGGACUGUCUGACUUGAAAGCUGGCCAGCUGGAUGAACUAGUGGACAAGCUACUCCCGGGCUAUUGUGUAGAAAACAAAGUCUCUUCCCCGUGGCAUACGUCGUAUAUAUCUGCACAGUCCUUCUUUGAAAAUAAAUACGGUUUCGCAGACGUAUAUAGUGUUUUGCGCUCAUCUUACCCAUACAGACAACAUCCUAGCCCCCUCCAGAGUAUAUGUUCAGAUCUUCAACGCUGGCCAGUUUUCAUUCAGUCUCGGGGUUUUAAGACUCUGAAGUCGAGAGCAAGACGCCUGCAGUCCACGUCGGAACGAUUAGCUGAAACGGAAAACGUCGCUCCCUCGUUCGUAAAGGGUCUCCUACUGAGAGACAGAGGCACUGAUGUUGAAAGCUUAGAGAAACUGAUGAAAACAAAAAACAUACCUGAAGCUCAUCAAGAUGCCUUUAAAACUGGGUUCGCAGAGGGCUUUUUGAAAGCUCAGGCGCUCACACAACGUACAAAUGAUUCCUUAAGGCGAACCCGUCUCUUUCUCCUAGUACUGCUACUGCUCGGUAUUUAUGGCUUGUCAAAAACCCCAUUUUUAUCUGUUCGUUUUCGAACAACCUCUGGCCUGGAUGCUGCAGUGGACCCCAUACAGAUGAAAAAUGUCACCUUUGAACAUGUCAAAGGGGUUGAAGAAGCUAAGCAAGAGUUGCAAGAAGUAGUAGAAUUCUUGAAAAAUCCUGAGAAAUUUACUGUGUUAGGAGGUAAACUUCCUAAAGGCAUCCUCUUGGUGGGACCACCUGGGACCGGGAAAACCCUGCUUGCCAGAGCUGUGGCUGGAGAAGCUGAUGUGCCAUUCUAUUACGCCUCCGGCUCUGAGUUCGACGAGAUGUUUGUCGGGGUGGGAGCUAGCCGCAUCAGAAAUCUGUUUAGGGAAGCCAAAGGAAAUGCACCUUGUGUUAUAUUCAUUGAUGAGCUGGAUUCUGUUGGUGGUAAAAGGAUAGAGUCUCCAAUGCAUCCCUACUCAAGGCAGACCAUAAAUCAACUCCUUGCUGAAAUGGAUGGCUUCAAGCCUAACGAAGGAGUCAUUAUCAUUGGUGCGACAAACUUCCCUGAAGCUUUAGAUAAUGCUUUAAUACGUCCUGGCCGUUUUGACAUGCAGGUUACAGUGCCACGGCCGGAUGUUAGAGGGCGGACAGAAAUUCUGAAAUGGUACCUUAACAAAAUAAAGUAUGACCCAUGCAUUGACCCAGAAAUCAUUGCCAGAGGGACAGUAGGGUUUUCUGGUGCUGAGCUGGAAAACCUUGUGAACCAGGCCGCGUUAAAAGCUGCAGUUGACGGAAAGGAUAUGGUGACCAUGAAGGAGCUGGAAUUCUCAAAGGACAAAAUUCUUAUGGGCCCAGAGCGUAGAAGUGUAGAAAUUGAUGAUAAAAAUAAAACCAUUACAGCCUACCAUGAAUCUGGGCAUGCCAUUAUUGCCUAUUAUACGAAAGAUGCAAUGCCCAUCAACAAAGCAACAAUUAUGCCAAGAGGACCAACGCUUGGACAUGUGUCUCUGCUGCCUGAAAAUGACAGAUGGAGUGAAACUAGAUCCCAGCUGCUUGCUCAGAUGGAUGUUAGUAUGGGAGGAAGAGUAGCAGAAGAACUCAUAUUUGGAGGGGAUCACAUCACAACAGGUGCUUCUAGUGAUUUUGACAAUGCCACUAAAAUAGCGAAGCUCAUGGUGACCAAGUUUGGAAUGAGCGAGAAGCUUGGUGUCAUGACUUAUACAGAUACUGGGAAACUCAGUCCUGAAACCCAGUCUGCGAUUGAACAGGAGAUAAGACUGCUCUUAAAGGAUUCAUACGAGCGGGCAAAGAACAUCUUGAAGACCCACGCAAAAGAACACAAAAAUUUAGCAGAAGCAUUGCUGACCUAUGAGACUCUGGACGCCAAAGAAAUUCAGAUUGUUCUUGAAGGAAAGAAGCUUGAAGUGAGAUGAUAAAUCCUUGCUGAGGAUUCCUAAUUGACUGCUCACCAGAAUGCAGUAGUCUCCUUAUGCAUUGUAGCUUUCUCUUCCUGCUGAUGCGCGAGUGGUGGUUAUCACAUUUCUUAAGGAAUAAACGCUUGUCUUGUGAGCUCUGGUUACAUUUUAUCCAAUUUUUGUCUUUCCUUAUAAUGAGAUGCAAGGAACAGAUAACAGGCAUACAAUCUCAGGGUUGAAUCCAGCAUGCUUGGAAACUUCACACAGUGAAUCUGAAUAGUAUGUCCUUAAUAUCUCCCCUGGCUAAUGCUGCCAUCCUGCGGAUCUGGAGGCAUUUGUGCCUGGGCUGUUCAGACUUGUGAUUGCUCUGGGCAUCUUGAAAUGCAGGAUUUACAAGUUGCAGAUAAAUGACUCUUCCAUUUACUUUAAUAUCCACUCGACCAUUUAUAGAGCUCCACUGUAAGAAAAGGAGGCAGUGGUAUAUAAUGCAAUGAUUUGUUUAGUGAAUUGUAUACAUUACAGAAAAAUGGCGGGGGGGGGGGGGCAUCCUUGAAACAGAGCUAUCCUUUCCUCAUUGCCCCUCAUAUGGUAGCUGGGGCGUUAGACCCCUUUGAGGACAGUGGGUGGGCAGAGGGAUAAUAGAAUUGUGUUUGGAUGCCUUUGUACCAUGCUCUAGAGCUUGGUGUCCCAAGCAGAAUAAUGCCACAGCUGGCAAGGACUGCACUAUCCCCUUUGAAAACAGUCCUGACACAGAUGUUUGCAUUUCUGUGGCAUAGGGAUGUAACCGAAGUGUUUGCUGCUGCCGGCUGUACUGUUGGAUUUUCUUUUAAAUAUAUAUAUAGUUCUGUGUGUAGUUAACGGAGAGCCGGGUGAGUUUUCCUGAGGGGCAGGUAUUAGUCUAGGGCAGAUUCCGCAUGGGCCAAAAACAGCAGUGUGAAAAUGGUGUAAACCCUUUUACACUGUUUUCACACCACUGUUUUGGGCCCAUGCGGAAUCCGCCAAAGUGUCCUUUAAAUGACUCAUUUACUUCUCCCUCUUGGCCAUAUUUCUAUUUCCAGUAACAAUAUAAUUUCUUAAAAUCUUUUCUUGAAAUCUUCAUCCCUUUUUAUAUACACAGCCCAAGUUCUUUAAGUAAGUACGAGUUCAGUAAUAUUUUAGAACUAUCGAGUGGUCAACUGCUAGCAGUAUUUCUAAUAGUUUGGAUUCAGAGGUGCCUUUUCGUUGACUGGAGGGCAUCUUUGAAUUCAAGCUGGUGUUUCGUGGGAGGACCAACAAUAGGUGGUUUCUUGGUCUGUAUAACUCUUAAAUAUCCAAGACCCUAACACACUUCCUACUCUACAAAGACUUUGUUAGUGAUAACUUGGUGCCAAUAAAUGAGAGAUGGGAAAGAAAGUUGGUAGUUAAUUCAAUUUAAAACUAGGGCUAACUUGGCAUUUGCAAAGUUGCAGUUAUUUUAUGUUGGGAAUUUUAUUUCAGCAAAACCUGUAGUUCAAUGCUUUCUUCUCUUGCUUUUUUCAUUUAGUUAACUUAGUAACCCACGGAAGGACCUCAAGGCAGUUGUUUAUGCAAAAGCCAAGCUGACUCAAUACAAUAGCGCUCUUGCAGUCGCGUGCUGUAAAAGAUGCGCAACUGCAGCCAGCUUGGCAUCUUUUUUCCCUCCAUUCACAUUGAAGGUUUGUUUUAAUUAGACUGCUUUUUCCUUUCCUUCCUCUGUAAAUUGCUUUAAAGUAUAAUUCAGGGUCCCCUCGUAUGUAAAUUGAGGUGUAUAAAAACAUAUCUUAAACCUGUAAAUAAAUUUCAAAGUUGAGCAAAACA